AACAGGAAGUGUUCAGCAUUAUACUGACACGAGCCAAAUGAAACUACCCUGACUACAUUUCUGAGAGACUGAACGUUGCGAAUAUCACACUAUACUCAGGAAAAUUACUAUUGAAAUCGACAAGACUGUUCCGGGUUGUUUAAUGCAUCGUUUCAGAGCCCAGGAGAGGCUCGGAAAUCCAAUUUUACUUCAGUUUCUGACCAGCUGGUUUACCAACUUGCUGCUCUAACAAUGUGCAUCUCUCUCUUCUUUGGGACAGCAUAAUCUGUUGCUUCACUCUCCACAGAGUCAGAAUGGGCAACAUAACUGGUAAACAUGACAGUCAUCAUAGUCCUACAGACCAGUCUUCCAAGACUGUGUGUGACACCGAGACACGAAGCCUAACCAUGGACCCACAAGAGGACAAUGAAGUCUUUGCCGAGGCAGAUGUUAAUCAGAACAAUGGAUCUUCCUCAAAGCAGAAGAAGAUGGUAGCGCCAGGCUCCAAGAGUGUAGAGGAUCCAAAGAAUGCCUGGAAGUCGCCCAGCACAGCUGAGCCAGCUGGGCGCCCACACUUGGUCCGCCUCUUUUCUCGUGACGCGCCAGGACGUGAGGACAACACCUUCAAAGACCGCCCAUCGGAAUCCGAAGACCUUCAAGCCAUCCAAGAGGAUAGCUCAGUUCCUGUGUCGAGCUCAGAUUUGAUGGAAGUGCAGAAACUGUCCUCACAAUCAUCAGCUAAGAAGGGACAAGUAGCAAAACAAAUGGCAUCCGCAAGCGCCUCAGACCAUGCGAAGCAAGCUGGAGGAGCCCACUCAAGGCAAAGAGACUCGGGGAUACUCGACCAGCUGGGAAAGUUUUUUGGGCAAGAAGGUUCCAGGAAAGUACCUGAGAAGGGCAAGGAACCUGCAACCAGGAGUGUGCUAAUGGCCCCAACCACACACAAGGCCCAUCAAGGAGCAGGGAGACAAACUGAUGAUAGCGCUGUUGUCCACUUCUUUAAGAAUAUGAUGUCACCAAAGAAAGCCCCAGUAAAACAGAAGGCAAGGUUCGGAGCAAGUAGAGCUAUCACUAAAUUUAUUUGGGGUACGGAUGGACAAAGGCCACAUUAUGGGGCAGCUGGUUCUUCCAAGUCAAAGGAGGCUUAUAGAGGACGGAGAGAUGGCUCAGGCACCCUUUCAUCUUUUUUCAAAAUGGGGAAAAAGGGUGAAGGUUCACCUGCUAGACGUUAAAUCCACAUCAAUGACUGCAGCAGAAAGGAAUGCUUCAAAAGUGGAAAAUAAAUCCUUGCUCGGUGUUGUGUAUUAACAGUCUUACCACUUCACGUAUUAACUGGCAUUUACUCCACCCUCAAAAAAAUGACUGGCAUACAAAUAUGAUUGAUCCAUUACCGAUCAGGUUUAUAGCAAGGUUGCUUAACUCAAAUGAUCUGUUAACUCAAUUAUUUUAAAGCAAGAAAACACCUUUUAUUUAAAUUUCUUUAAUUUGAACCACAGGGUAAAAUGAGUAAAACGUAAUUUUAACAGUAGACUGUAUAAGUAUCUUAAAUGGAAUAUUUUAUUACUUAUAUUUCACUCCAUGGUUAUUAUAAUGGCCUUAAAGGUGUCAAGAUUUUAAAAACUUUAUUUUCAAUGGCCUUUCCUAUAAACACAGAAACAAGGAACCUAAUCUUUUUCAAAAAGGUUUAUUGCAUCUUGACAUAGAUGGUGGUGGAAAAAAGGCAAGCCUAUCGGCAGAGUUUGCUGCAAAACGAUAUUAAGACAAUUGUUUGCGUUUUACUAAAUAUUUUAGCACCGUAUAAAAAUAAAACAAAACUCAUCUGGUCAUUGCUAUGAAGAUCAAUAAACUCCAGUUGGACAUACAUGCCAUUGGUGACUUGGGCCUGAAGCAGUUCAGUAGCACUGCGUGUUAAAGCUGCUGAAUCAUUCUGCACUCGCACCAUGUAAAGUUUAGUGUGCUGUAAUGAACAUAAGCAGCAUUACCAGUUGUAAAGCUGUGAAACACCAAGGGUAUUAUACUAACCUGAAACUAAUGCUAACUCUUAGCAUGGAGACGUUUGUUUGAUUAACCAAAUUCCAUAGGAAUGGCCCACUGCCUGCCCAUUCUUAUGUGAGUGCUCUUUUGAAUUGCACUGUUUUUGUAACUGAAAUAAUAUUUUAUCUUUAUAUUUGUAUAUUUAUACCCCAAUCUGUUUUCUUCGUCCCUGCAAUACUAUUCAUGCAUUAAAUAGCAACCUUAUGCUCAAUAAAACCUCAAGGUGACAAGUGGUCAACUUUCUCACAGCUAGCAUGCAAUAACGCAUUCACAUUAAAUGUUGCAAAGACUUGUAAAUAAUGCUAAUAUGCAAUGGACAAAACAACACUAAACUCCACCCACCCAAAUAUUUUGAUGGAAGUGAGGUACACGUCCCCAGAUCUCAAUAAUGUUAGUAUUCUUCAUAUGGUGCCAGACAUUUUCUACUGGAGAUGCAGAACAAAUGCAAACCAGCCGCAUCUUUCCUCAGUACUGAAUCCUGCUGCUACUGCUCCUCUUCAAUAAGAAAUGUUUCUUCGUCGUUUGUGAUUUAAAAUACAAUGGAUGACCUGAAAUGUUCUCCAGCUAUCACCUGCUCCUUUUUUUUGCAUUCUCCAAUCGAUAAUGCUAAAAAUUGAAUGGGCAGUUUGCUGGGGAAGAGUUAUUAACAUUGGUUUCCAAUAUAUAUUGCCAGUUUAUGUUUGGUAACAUGCUUCUAGAGAAUACAUACUAGGAAAAGCUGAGUGAGCAUGUGUGAACAAAUUUUUCCGAAUGUAUAUGUAAAAUAAUGCAGCUAAACACUGUGUUUGUCCACGUGAAAAUAAAGUUAAAAUUAUAAUUCAA